GGCUACGUUUUAAUUGGCCUUGCCCCAUGGGGGAUGAAGUGUGUUAUUGAGUUUGUGGGUGCUGAUUCCAUGCAGUCAGCCGGUAGCACAUGAUCGCAGGACACCAAAGUGCUCAGUGCUCUUAUUGGAGCUGCUUGUGCAAGCUACUGAUAUCUCUCACCUUCAUCUUUGAAGCUUAAAAUAGCUGCCAAAAAAAUAUAUUCCAUGUCUCCAGAGAACGUGGUUGUGUUUUCACUUUAGGAUCGCUGCUCAAAAUUGUGCUGUUUUUCAUCAGGAAUGGAAAACCUCACGCCAGAGCAAUGGCGCGAGAUUAUGAACAGGAAGAUGCGUUUCCCUCCAGAGCUCAUCAGUGCCAUUCAGGAGGGGAAAAUAGAGCUGCUGUGUGGACUGUUGAAGACCGGUGAUGGCAUCAUCCGCCAGCUGGAUGAGUCUGAGGAUCGUCAGUGGAGAGAGGCCCUCAACUUGUCCAUCCGCCUGGGCAAUGAGAGUUGUAUGGAUGCCCUCCUGCAGGGGGUCAAGUUUGACUUCCGGCAGAUUCACGAGGCGCUGCUAGUUGCUGUAGACACCAACCAGCCUAGAGUGGUGAAGCGGCUGCUGGACCGCCUGGACCAAGAGAAGGGCAACAAGAUGGACGUACGCUCCUUCUCUCAGGCCAUCUUUGACCACUCUAUUGACAACUCCCAGUUUGCCCCUGGUGUGACUCCUCUGACCUUAGCCUGCCAGAAAGACCUGUAUGAUAUAGUCACCAUGCUCACUCAAAAAGGUCACAUCAUCCCAUGGCCACAUAAGAUAUCCUGUGCUUGCCUGGAAUGUCGUAACGGCCGGCAGUAUGACCUACUGAAGUUCUCCUUGUCCCGUAUCAACACCUACCGUGGCAUCGCCAGCCGUGCCUACCUGUCCAUCACCUCUGAUGACGCCAUGCUCCAAGCUUUCGGUCUCAGCAGAGAGCUCCGCAAGCUCUCACAAAAAGAGCCAGAGUUCAAGCCUCAGUACCUGAGCCUGGAGGAGCUUUGUCAGGAGUUUGCCGUUGAGUUGCUGGGCAUGUGUCGCAACCAGAGCGAAGUGACCACCAUCUUGAACAGCUGUGGAGACGAGAGCCAGGAUGCCUUAGAUGAGCAGGCCUUUGAGGAGGGAAUCCCCAACCUGUCACGUCUGCGGCUCGCUGUCAACUACAACCAGAAGCAGUUUGUGGCCCACCCAAUCUGCCAGCAGGUGCUGUCAUCUAUCUGGUGUGGGAACCUGGCAGGCUGGAGAGGCAGCAGGACGGCGUGGAAGUUGUUUGUCUCUGUGGGCAUCUUUCUCACCAUGCCCCUCCUCUGCCUCGUCUACUGGAUCGCACCCAAGUCAAAGCCAGGAAAGUUGCUAAAGAUUCCUGUGAUCAAGUUUCUCCUCCACUCAGCCUCAUAUCUGUGGUUUCUCAUCACAUUACUCGGAGAAUCAAUAACGAUGGAGAUAUAUCGAGACAAAUUUGCUUCGCGACAGCAGGACAUCCUGCACAGCUCCUUCCACAUGGUGUGGGUGGUUGGAUUCUUCUGGUAUGAGUGUAAGGAAGUGUGGAUCGAGGGGCUGCGGAGUUACUUCCUGGACUGGUGGAACUGCUUGGACAUGAUGGUGCUCAGCAUGUACCUCGCGUCCUUCGCAUUGCGCGUGCUUAUCAUGCUCAAAGGUCACUUCCUCUGCCGUGAUCAUAACGGCACAGAGGAAUGUAUCUACUUCACUCAGACUGUGCGUGACGACUGGCAUCAGGAGGACCCCCAGCUGAUUGCGGAGGUGCUGUUUGCAGUGACCAGCAUGCUGAGCUUCACACGGCUGGCGUACAUCCUGCCAGCCCAUGAGUCUCUGGGAACUUUGCAGAUCUCCAUUGGGAAGAUGAUUGAUGAUAUGAUGAGAUUUAUGUUUAUAUUGAUGAUCAUUGGAACUGCCUUCCUCUGUGGUAUCAACAAUGUCUAUGUUCCUUACGUCAUCUCUCCACAUCUUGGCAAGUUUAAUGAGACCUUCCACUUCUUAUUCUGGACCAUGUUUGGUGUGGCCAACCAGGACUACGUGGACAUGCCGCAGUUUGUGUUGGCAGAGUUUGUCGGAAGGAUUCUAUACGGCAUCUUCACACUCGUCAUUGUCAUCGUCCUGCUCAACAUGCUUAUUGCUAUGAUCACCAACUCCUUUCAGAAAAUUGAGGAUGACGCAGAUGUCGAGUGGAAAUUUGCCAGGUCAAAGCUGUACCUCAGUUACUUCAGAGAAGGCCUUACCAUGCCAGUGCCCUUCAACAUCAUCCCCUCACCCAAAGCUUUCUUUUACAUCUUGAGGGGUAUCUUUAGACGAAUCUGCUGCUGCUGCACUUGUAAUUCUGAGACAAAAUAUCCCCCUAUUGCCUCUAUGACUAACGGUAAGGAAUCUGAAGACAGCCAGUUACCUUACCGGCAGCAGGUGAUCAGAGCUCUGGUGCAACGCUACAUUGAGUCAGCUCGCAGGGAGUUCGAGGAGACCAAGAGGAAAGAUAUCGGUAAUCGGAUCACUGAGCUGACCAAAACAGUCAGCAGGAUGCACAGUGAUAUGAAGGUGGUCCAGCAGCUUCUGAUGGAUGAUGGGCACACUGGAAGCGAGGCACUGACCAAGGAUGGCUCCUCCUUUCUGGGGAAAUACAUCAUUGGCGCCAAGAACAAUUUCAGAGGUUUUAACAGCAAGCAAGAUGACAAAAAUUCAUCACUUAAAGUGACAGUGCACCACAGAGAGGAUGGGGUGGAUAAAGAAAAGGUUUACUCAGAUACAGAACAGGAGUCAGACACACAACAGAAUCAGAUCGGGGAAUGUGCAGCAGAGGAAUCAAAGCAGGUAACAGACUGUGAUGUGGUGAAAAUGGAGGAAGGCAGAGCUAAAACGGAGCUCGGAGACAAAAAGGAGACUGAGUCAAAAGAGCAGGUGGAAGCAGACAAAAAUGAAAAUACUGAUAAUGAAGUGAGAGAGGAAGUGGUGGCAGUGACAAGUUUUACUCAUGUAGAAGAAAAAGUUAAAGCUGAAGCCACACAGGAUGAGGCAGAAAAAAAAAGGGAAGGAGAGAUUCUCACAGACGCAAAGGAGGGUGAAAAACACAAAGAAACAACCCUCGAGCAUGCUCAAAGCAUCAAAGUCAACAGUGAAAAGACAGACACAAAGACAGUGGCAAACAGGAUGAAAGACGUAGAGCUACAAGAAAAAAAAGUGGAGGCAAAAUGGAUGAAGGGCAAAAAGUUUGAGCGUGAUGCAGCAGAGAAGUCCAUUGUCAGGGAGAGCAAUGUGAAACCUGGAGCCAAUAAAAUGAUUCCCUCACCAACAGGCAGCAGCAGCUCACAGGACACAGGCUUUGGUUCGCAAGAAGGGGAGGGAUCAAUUGAUGGGACAUUAGUCAGACCGUAACCAUAGCGAUGUCCCAUUUAAAGGGCCACACAGAAUUUUUCAGAGUUUGGCUCUUUGAUAAAUCUAAUUCAAUAUCUGAUAAGAGGGAACAUUUUGGGAAAUAAAGUCUUGCACAUAACUGCCUGUAAAACAGCAAAUUGUCAUUUUUAUACUCUGGUCGUUGUACUGAUUAAACAAACACAACAUUAUGUGCUAAUUGAUUAUUUUGUAGCUGCUGGUAUGUGGAUUUUGUUACGAUUGGACAGAUGUUUCCCCUGUUUGCAGUUGUGCUAAGCUAAUCAGCUUCUAGCCUCAUGUUUACAGUAAAAAGGUUAUUCAGUUAAUAAUCUGAGCAAAAAUAUUUUCUUAUAUUGAAAUAAAAUCCUUCAGCUAUACAAAGGCAUAGGUUUCAUUUCAGCAGUGGGGGUGGGGGUCCUCCACCAGAAAAUUUCAAGCAUCAAACACUUAAUUUCCUGCAUUCUGGUGCACUUUUAUGCACCAAUUUAUGGUGUAAAUGUCUUUAAUUUUGUAAAAAUAAGUGUUGUCAAAACUAAAGUUCUUUGCUACUUUCAUGACUUUAUCAGGGGGAAAUGCACAUGUUCUAAAUAUCGAGGGGAAUGUGUCACGUGUCCCCCUGAAAUUUACGCUUAUGCAGCCACAGAUCUGUUACAAUGUCGAUUUUCUCAUUUUUAAAAUGAAUAUUCUCAUAAUUACUUGCUGAGAAAGAGAUGACCUUGUUGCCUUUUCUCUCAUCACAUGUUAAAGCUGCCAAUGGAUUUAACUCAAAUAGUUAAUGUGCCUUUAAAUUCAGCAUACAGAACAUACACCAGUGCCCCUGUAUAAGCAUCAGUGGCAGUAAAAUAGGGUUUCAGUGCCUAACAAUUAGAAAAUACCUUGAUUAGAGUAUUGCUGCUCAGUGCUGGGUGUCUUUCUCCUGACUGCUGUUUUUGAGACGCCACUGUUCAACAGCAAAGAGCCUCUGUUUGUCAUUCUGGUUUCUCUUCAUGCUUUAAUAUCAGAAGAAAGUAGCCUUGUCUUCAGUUGAAAUUAUGCGCUGUAGUUACUCUGUAACACUAAUAAAACAUUCAAAUCAUGUUUAUUUCUGUGUCUCUGUAUUUCAUGAACAUAGCAUAAGGGAAAAUUAACUCUGUGCUGAGGUUAGAGUUAAUGUUUAAUUCGGUGGCAGACCAACACCCUGCUACAGUGUGGCAAUGCAGGUCUCAGCUUGCUUUACACAUACUGCUCCCAUGAGGUCGCAUGCAUGAACACACCACUUCAUUAAUUCAUUACCUGCAGCAUCACCUGUCCCAAGACACAGCCCGACCAGACUCUUCCUACAGAAAAACACCUUGCAAUUGCAAUAUUGCAUAACUGAUGCCAUCACCAAUUUCAUGUAGGUGUUGAGUGUGUUCAGUCCUGCGACACCACAGAUAAUGAAAACAUACUUUAAUCUGACACAAAAGCCUCUGUCCCAUUUUACUAGGAAAUUAGGUUUGCGUCUUACAUGCACUGGCAUGUCGUAUCACCAACCAAUCAUUGUCACACUCCUUUUAGAGCAUCCCGUGUGACAGGAAAGCAGAUCUCUCCUGCCUCUCAUUUCCUAAUAAACAAGUCACAUUAAUUACAGCAUGCUCACUCACUCUAAUUCAGCUCAUUUUUGCUGUAGAAAACGUGGAAGACUCUUCAUCUUUGUAAAUGUAAAACAAAAUGACUGCAGGUCUAAUACAUGUAUAACAGAAGCACCACAAAUACUUGACAUUAGUGUAAUCAUGAGACUUAACUUAAGACCAUUGUAUGACAUGUUUAAUUUCCACACAUCUGACAGACAAACAUGAAGUUCAUUAAUGUGACCCACAUAUUAUAAAACUAUUGAUUAAAAAAAUACCUAAGGGUAGUUUUAAUUCAUUGCACCCUGUUCAUUCUAUACAAACAUGCAUACAA